AUGCAUAUAAUUGAUUACCAGGAAAACGGGCUUCGAUACCAUACCUUGGAUCCUAAAUCUAAGCUGCAGUUCGACAGUGUCUCCCAAAUAAUUGAUAGGCAUCUUUCAGAACCCUAUUCUAUAUACGUAUAUUGGUUCUUCUUCCAUAAGUGGUCACAAUAUUGUUUCUUGGUCAGUGACGUACACAACGAUGAAAUAAUAGGAGUCAUUAUCUCAAAGGUUGAGGCUCACAGGGAAGUUAGAAUGAGAGGGUAUAUUGGUAUGCUUGUUAUUCUACCGGAGUAUCGUGGUAGAAGGAUAGCGACUAAACUUGUACAAAUGACGAUAAGUAAAAUGAUCGCAUGGGACCUGAUUGAUGAAGUGAUGCUAGAAACUGAGGUAAUUAAUUCUGCUGCUCUUAAGCUCUAUGAGCUGCUUGGGUUUCUCAGGGCAAAGAGGUUGUACAGAUACUACUUGAACACGCACGAUGCCUAUCGUUUACUUCUACCAAUUCUGGAAAAGUCCGGCACCAGAAUUGCAUAUUUGUCUACCAUCUGA